UGAUCAAAUCCGGAUCCUUUUUUAUUUACUUCUUCUAUCUUUUUGCCAUCUUUUUCCCCCCACGGAACCUCAUGACGCCUCUGCAUCUCACCAGCGCCCUUAACCCGGUCUAAGAUCCGCGUCGGUGUCUCUCUCUCCCUCUUCCUGUGCGCAGAAAGAUCCCACCCGGCAAAUGCGUCAUGGACAGUGGCUGGGGAACACAUUCAUUCUAUGGAGAUUGCAUGUCACCAAAGGUUUACCGCCCUUUUUCCCCCAGUGAUCUACCGGUCUACGUUGACAAGCCUGGUCCGUUCCUUGCCCGAUCAGCCCUGUCAGCCCCCAAUGGUUCACUCAUCAAAUCUACACACACUCUCUCACACACACACUCACUCACACACAGACGAUCCAUCUAUUCAUGUAGUGUCUGGGAGAUGUUGUCCCGGCAUACGGACGAUGAUCGUCGACCGGGUCGACGCACAACUGUUUUGCCCCCCGGUCCGGCACUUUUCAAUCACCUCGUCACCCCCAAUGUGAAGGGAAGCAGCGUGCAGAGAAGAAAAUCAUGGCAGGCAUCCACCACCAGAAGCGAAGGGGGCGUCACAACGGAAAAAGAAACCCACCCCGCCUUGCUCCUCCCCCGCGAAACUGGGGGAGUCAACAGAAGGUAGAAAAUAGCUUUGACACAGCGGCAGUCAGGGGAAA